CUUCCUCCCGGUAGCCGGCGGCUGUUGCGUGUGAGGCGGCGAUGGAGGAGACCGAGAGGGUGGCGGCGCCCGAUAGGGAAGAGGCAUCCUGCUCUUCCUGGGGGGUCGGCAGUAUAAAUACAAAUUUGCCCAUUAUGUCAGCAGAGUCUGUGGAGAUCGAUGAUACAUUAUACAGUCGACAGAGGUAUGUUCUUGGAGACACAGCAAUGCAGAAGAUGGCCAAAUCCCAUGUUUUCUUAAGUGGUAUGGGUGGUCUUGGUUUGGAAAUUGCAAAGAAUAUUGUUCUUGCGGGGAUUAAGGCACUUACAAUUCACGAUACAGAAAAAUGUCAAGCAUGGGAUCUAGGAACCAACUUCUUUCUCUCUGAAGAUGAUGUUGUUAAUAUGAGAAACAGGGCCGAUGCUGUACUCCAACAUAUUGCAGAACUAAAUCCAUAUGUUCAUGUCACAUCAUCUUCUGUUCCUUUCAGUGAAACUACAGAUCUCUCCUUCUUAGAUAAAUACCAGUGUGUAGUAUUGACUGAGGUCAAACUUCCAUUGCAGAAGAGGAUCAAUGAGUUUUGCCGUUCUCGAUGCCCUCCAAUUAAGUUCAUCAGUGCAGAUGUACAUGGAGUUUGGUCACGGUUGUUUUGUGAUUUCGGUGAUGAAUUUGAAGUUUUAGAUACAACUGGAGAAGAACCAAAGGAAAUUUUCAUUUCAAACAUUACACAAUCUAAUCCUGGCAUUGUCACUUGUCUUGAAAAUCAUCCUCACAAACUUCAGUCAGGACAAUUCCUAACAUUUCGAGAAAUUAAUGGAAUGACAGAGUUAAAUGGGUCUACACACGAAAUAACUGUGGUGUCACCAUUUUCUUUUAGCAUUGGUGAUACUGUAGAACUGGAACCAUAUUUACAUGGAGGCAUAGCUGUCCAAAUUAAGACUCCUAAAACAUUUUGCUUUGAAUCACUGGAGAAGCAGAUAAAACAUCCAAAAUGCCUUAUUGUGGAUUUUAGCAAACCUGAGGCACCAUUACAGAUUCAUGCAGCUAUGCUUGCCUUGGACCGGUUUCAGGAGAACUACAGUCGCAAGCCAAAUAUUGGGUGUCGACAAGAUUCAGAAGAGCUAUUGAAACUAGUGACAUCUAUAAGUGACACCUUGGAAGAGAAGCCUGAAGUAAAUGCUGACAUAGUGAAUUGGCUGUCCUGGACUGCUAAAGGCUUUUUACCCCCACUUGCAGCAGCAGUAGGAGGUAUUGCCAGCCAAGAAGUAUUGAAAGCUGUGACGGGAAAGUUUUCUCCUUUGUGCCAGUGGUUAUAUAUUGAAGCAGCAGAUACUGUUGAAGCACUAGACAAAAGUGAAUAUGAAGAAUUUCUUCCACGAGGAGAUAGGUAUGAUGCCUUACGAGCCUCCAUUGGAGACACUUUAUGUCAGAAGUUACAAAAUUUGAAUAUCUUCUUAGUAGGAUGUGGAGCAAUCGGCUGUGAAAUGUUAAAAAAUUUUGCUUUACUUGGCGUUGGCACAGGCAUAAAGAAGGGAAUGGUUACAGUUACAGAUCCAGACUUGAUAGAAAAAUCCAACUUGAAUAGACAGUUCCUGUUUCGUCCCCACCACAUACAGAAACCCAAGAGCUGCACCGCUGCUGAUACAACCUUGAAAAUAAAUCCUCAAUUAAAGAUAGAUGCACACCUAAACAAAGUAUGUCCAGCCACUGAGACCAUUUACAAUGAUGAGUUCUUUACUAAGCAAGAUAUAAUUAUUACAGCAUUAGAUAAUGUGGAAGCCAGGAGAUAUGUAGACAGCCGUUGUUUAGCAAAUCUGAGACCCCUCUUAGAUUCUGGAACAAUGGGCACUAAGGGACACACUGAAGUUAUUGUGCCUCAUUUGACUGAAUCCUAUAAUAGUCAUCGGGAUCCCCCAGAAGAGGAAAUACCAUUUUGCACUCUAAAAUCCUUUCCAGCUGCUAUUGAACAUACAAUACAGUGGGCAAGAGAUAAGUUUGAAAGUUCCUUUUCCCACAAGCCUUCAUUAUAUAACAAAUUUUGGCAAACCUAUUCAUCUGCAGAAGACGUCUUACAGAAGAUUCAAACUGGACAGAGUUUAGAAGGCUGUUUUCAAGUUAUUAAGUUACUUAGCAGAAGACCUAGAAGUUGGUCCCACUGUGUAGAAUUAGCAAGAUUAAAGUUCGAAAAAUAUUUUAACCAUAAGGCUCUUCAACUUCUUCACUGUUUUCCUAUUGACACACGAUUAAAAGAUGGCAGUUUGUUUUGGCAGUCACCAAAGAGGCUCCCCUCACCAAUAAAAUUUGAAUUAAAUGAACCUUUGCAUUUCAGUUUCAUUCAGAAUGCAGCAAAACUAUAUGCUACAGUUUAUUGCAUUCCAUUUACAGAAGAGGACUUAACAGCAGAUGCCCUCCUGAAUAUUCUUUCCAAAGUAAGGAUUCAGGAAUUCAAACCUUCCAACAAGGUUGUUCAAACAGAUGAAACUGCAAGAAAACCAGACCAUGUUCCUAUUAACAGUGAAGAUGAGAGGAAUGCUAUUUACCAACUAGAAAAGGCUAUUUCUUCCAAUGAAGCUACCAAAAGUGACCUUCAGAUGGCAGUGCUUUCAUUUGAAAAAGAUAAUGAUCACAAUGGGCACAUAGAUUUUAUUACAGCUGCAUCCAAUCUUCGUGCUAAGAUGUACAGCAUUGAACCAGCUGACCGUUUCAAAACAAAGCGCAUAGCUGGUAAAAUUAUACCUGCUAUAGCAACAUCCACUGCUGCAGUUUCUGGCUUGGUUGCAUUGGAAAUGAUCAAAGUAGCAGGUGGCUAUCCAUUUGAAGCUUACAAAAACUGUUUUCUAAACUUAGCCAUUCCAAUUAUAGUGUUUACAGAGACAUCUGAAGUAAGAAAAACUGAAAUCAGAAAUGGAAUAUCAUUUACAAUUUGGGACAGAUGGACCAUACAUGGAAAAGAAGAUUUUACUCUCUUGGAUUUCAUAAAUGCAGUCAAAGAAAAGUAUGGAAUUGAGCCAACAAUGGUGGUACAGGGAGUCAAAAUGCUUUAUGUUCCUGUAAUGCCUGGUCAUGCAAAAAGAUUGAAGUUAACAAUGCAUAAACUUGUGAAACCUUCUACUGAUAAGAAAUAUGUGGAUCUUACUGUAUCAUUUGCCCCAGAUACUGAUGGAGAUGAAGAUUUGCCUGGACCUCCAGUAAGAUACUACUUCAGUCAUGAGACUGAUUAAUAGAAGUUAUCUUAGAGUUAGUCCAGAACUACUUGCUUCUGGAAGGAGUGCACUUAAGUUCAGAAGCUAAAAAAAUCAGCUCAUAAUACUAUGAAUUUCUCUCUGAUGAGCUUAAUUUAAGGGAUACAUCAUUGGGAAACAACACUGAAGGAUUGUAAAACAGAUUGGAGUGGAGUGUACACUUGUCUUGUGCUUCCUAUGUGGCUGUAAUCACAAGCAAGUUUGAACUAGAGUGCUAUUUUAUAGUGCUUACAACAAAUGUGUGUGUUAACUUCUGAAUGAAAGGAAGGAGAAGAUAUUUAUCCAUGAUAGAAGAUAAGGAUCAAGAAAUUGGAAUACAAAUGCAACUAUCCACAAAGUUUAAUCCUAUUUUGUGAAUUUCUUUUUGUUUACUAUUUAAGACCUAUUUUUCUAUCUGUACAAAUAGUGCUUGGCACCCUGUACCUCUGAUGCUAAGGCUUUGAGAAUUUAACACUAGUAGGAAGGGGGAGGGGGUGGAUGAAGAGUAGAUACUGUAAAUUGUGCAGUUCACAUUUACUUUCCUGGUACCUCUGUUGUUUAACCAGUUUUCUGUACAUCACUGUCACUCCAAAAUCAUUUUUCCUGUUGGUAGCAUCAGUGUUGUAAGCCAUGAGCAGUAGGUCAAAUGAUACAUGUUAACUUGGACUCUGGCAAGCCUCUUAGAGAACCCAUUAAUGUGAACAGAUAAUUGGCUAAACAUUUGAUUCUUCAGUAUGUGUUAUUUUAUUUGAAAUGCUAAAUCUGAUUUCCAUAGUAUAUAAGACUAAAAGGUUUUGUGAAGAGUGUCCUUAGAAAUAGAUGAAAACUAGAAAUUAAAAAAAUCAUCACUAGUUGAGUCUUGAUUUUCUUUUCUUCUAGCAGUCUAAGGGACAGUAAAAAUAUAUAUUCAUUUUUAUUUUUAAAAGAAGCUUAUUUUAUUUUCCAUUCCCAGAGAGGGAGAAAUUGACUAAGAUAAAAAUUUAUUUUUUUAGGUCUUUAUUGAUUAAAACUUCCUGUUUUUUGAUAUGAACUAUUAUAGAUGUUCAUAUGUGUGCUUUCAUUAAAAUGAUAUAAAGUAUAUUCACUGUAAAUUCAGUGAGAAGAGCAAAUGGUUCUUUUAUUUCUAAGGCUAUCAUGCAUUCUAAAAUAAUUAAUAUUUUAUAGCUGCAGGAAUUUGUCCCUCUCUGCUUUUCUUCUGCCCCUCUAUUCAUCUCAUUAAUAGGUGCUUUGAUAAAUUAAAAAGAAGAUUCACAUCAGUAUUAUUUCAAUCUGGCAUCCUUUAUACUCUGUAUUUACUUUCCUUUUAUUCCAUUUACAAAUAGCUUAAAUUACUUUGUCAGCGAGCUGGAAUGUUUCAUUCUUUUGUAAAAGUAUCAUAUUAAAACAUCCACUUGGGAAAAUAUAUUUGGGUUAGGGGUGAAUUUGUAUAAAGAAUACUCUGUAUACUGAGAUGUAGAAAGAAGUAGACAGGAUAGGUUUAAAAGAAAUAGCUAUUAAUAAGCAAUUAAUUUUUGUUCACUGUAUCCUCCUGUCUCCCUUUGUGCCUAUUUCAAGUUUAAUGCUAAAAUUAAUUGUACUUAAAUUGAAUCCAGGAAGAUCAAAGCUCUAUGACUUAGAACUUUAGAAGCUAGAAAUUAUAAAAAGACUUUUGUAUAAGAAACCUUUUUCCCCCUUUCAUUUUGUUUGCUUUUGGACAGUAACUAGUAUAUUCCAGGAAGCCAUUCAUCCAUCCCCAAAGAUGAUCUGAUAGCUUGCUUGUAUUUGACCUAAGUCUCCAGAUCCCUUUAGAUGUAAAUUUAGAACCAUGUUAUCAAUAUAUAUAAACAAAAUCAACAAAUGUUAAUUGCAUUUUGGGAUUAAAAUCUGCAACCGUUUUGUAAUUGAUUUUUUUUUUCUGUAGGUAACAGUUAUUUCCAUCAUUUCUUGUCUAUAGUUCUCUAAGCCAGAAAGCCAGGCUAAAGUUAAUGACAGUUUUUCUUAUUGUUUUGUUUAUUUUUGUACUGUGGUAUACUGUUGGUGAUUGAAAUACCAGAUGUAAAAAUUAAUGAUUUGAUUUUGUAUGUACCACUGAGUAAUUUUUUACGUAUUAAAAAUAAAUUAAGAAAA